AUGUCCGCUUAUCUCUUAGUCCAGUACUACCAUUAUGUCACAUCUGAAAGAAGACUACCUGAAGGUAUAUUUCAUCAGCAAUUAGUAAACGGGGGCUUAUUACUUAGUGCUACGCUUUUGGGAGGAGUUGCCUACAUUGUCGGAGAACGGCAACAGAGGAACUCCUUUCAGGAAACAAAACGGAGCUUACGCGAUAAGCUUACGAUCGAACAACAGAGCAAGGAACAGGAACGGCUAUUACUGUCUGUACUUCCUGAACAUGUUGCUGUACAAAUGCGAAAGGAUUUGGGUCUCAUUGACACGCAGUUUAAAAAAAUUUACAUGUCACGUCAUGAGAAUGUAAGUAUCCUAUAUGCGGACAUCGUCGGCUUCACAGCAAUUUCCUCUACCUAUUCGGCUCAAGACCUAGUUGCGAUCCUGAACGAGUUAUUUGCGCGAUUUGAUCGUCUUGCCGAGAAAUACAACCAACUGCGAAUAAAAAUCCUUGGCGAUUGCUACUAUUGUAUCAGCGGUGCACCAUUAGAGCGGCCCGACCAUGCAGUUCUAUGUGUUCAUAUGGGAUUGUCUAUGGUGAAAGCUAUUCGGUAUGUACAACAAAUAACCAACUCUCCGGUGGACAUGCGUGUGGGCAUCCAUACAGGAGCAGUGCUUGCUGGUGUGCUGGGUCAGAGGCAAUGGCAAUUUGACGUGUACUCGCGCGAUGUGGAGCUUGCAAACAAGAUGGAAAGCAGUGGAAUGGCGGGGCGUGUGCACGUAUCGGAACUGACGUUAAGCUUCCUCAAUGAUGAGUUUGAGGUGGAACCUGCUUAUGGAGAACGACGUGAAGAAAUGUUACGGCAGGCCGGCAUUAAAACUUAUUUUAUAGUGCGAGUUCUUAAACCGUUCCACGGUGGCGGUGAUGGAGGAGGUGGUGGUUGUGUAACUGCUGAAAAUAAACACGUGUCAGAAGGCGAACCGGUGGAGGCCACAGAGGAAGGAGACGUUGCUGAUGCACUUUCCGACCUCCGAGAUGACGACGAGGAUUCCGUUCUAUCGCCACAAGACGACAGCAAAGACAAUGAAGAUUCGAAAAUUCUUGCUAUGUUAGAGGAAGAACUAGUGAAUAGAGAUGAUGACAAGGAACUGGCAGAUGCAACAAAUUUGUGCCUGACGUUUAAGUCUGGUGAAGCGGAGGCGGCGUUCGCUCGGCGCGAUGACGAAUUUCCUCUGGCUGCUGUGGCACCGCCCAUCUUGUUGUUGCCGGCGGUAGCGGCGAUAACAGUUUACUCCCCGAGGGACACGUGGCUGCUACACGGAGUUUAUCUUGGACUACAAUUGGAGACCGGCGUUUGCAGUGUCUUUUACUACAUAUUCUACAAAUAUUCUCAGUUCAAGAAGCAAACAGUCAGCCCAAACUGGAAACUACUAUGUAGCAUGUUCAAUAUCUCGAUGUUUUGUGCGGCAAAUGUUGUUACUAUGGUGAUCUGCAGUAAACUUGACGUCGCAGAGCACGAAAAUGAUCCGGAAGCAGUACCACCGCCGCCAGAUGGACCGACUUACUGCUUGCACCCGUCUUUCUUUUUUCAUGUGGCUGCAGGCUUAGCGUGUUGCACUCUAUGGCCGGUAGAGUUGAGAGGAGUGGUGCGGGCAGCGUUUCUUCUGGGAGUAGUGGUGGCACACGCCCUACCACCCAUAUUCGUACCUACUAUUAUAGAUCUCCGUUACUACGCAAAUGAUACCUUGCUGCAAUACGUGAAUGAAAAUCUGAAUACAACCUUGGACGAUGACCUUCCCUAUGUAAUGAAACGUAUUUACAUUUGGAGGAACGUGUUAAUGCUAUUAUUCAUCACAAUAGCACUUCUAAUUUACAAUCGAUACAGUGAGUCAUUGGAACGUGCACGACACUCACGAGGCGAGCGCAUGCGAGUACAGGCUGAGCAGGCGAUCGAUCUAAGACGCCGCAACCAAGCACUCGUGCACAACGUACUGCCACCGCACGUUGCCAGCCAUUUCAUGGGCGCGCGACACCACCAUCGCGACCUGUACAGUCAGAGCUACGCCGAAGUUGGCGUAUUGUUUGCUUCUAUGCCGAACUUUUCGGAGUUCUAUUCUGAAGAAACUGUCAACAAUCAAGGGCUAGAAUGCCUGCGGUUUUUAAAUGAAGUUAUUUCAGACUUCGACCUGUUACUGGAAGACCCCAAGUUUAGUAAGGACAUAAUAAAGAUCAAAACUAUAAGUUCCACCUACAUGGCAGCGUCAGGGUUAAAUCCUACGCGACAGAUGCAGCCGUCCGACGGCGUCCUUGUGCGCUGGGCACAUCUCGCCUGUCUAGUGGAGUUUGCUCUGGAAUUGCAAAAAGUUCUAGCAGCCAUCAACGAACAGUCAUUUAACCAUUUUGUACUACGCCUCGGUGUUAACCACGGACCUAUCACCGCCGGAGUAAUAGGCGCACGCAAGCCGCACUACGACAUCUGGGGAAACACUGUUAAUGUUGCUUCUCGUAUGGAAAGCACUGGCAAAGCUGGAUGCAUACAGGUGACUGAAGAAACUUGCCAUAUCCUACAGUGUUUUGGCUAUUACUUCGAGCAGCGUGGUUUGGUGGCUGUCAAAGGCAAGGGUCAGCUCAUGACUUAUUACUUGCAAGGAAAAAGUGACCCGCUCGUCGGCGAUACUAAUAAAUCAAAUAUUGAUGAGGCGCAAUGCGGAGAGGGUGCCACCGACGCGUUGCUGGCGAACGGAGACGCCACAACCUCGCAUCCUGAGCAGUCAGAAUCGAUCAUGGACGUCAAUCAACCUUUACUUACCUCUUAA